UGCCAAAACUGAUGUCCUUACGAUGAUCCAUUUCUUGAGUAACACGAAUUUUUAUUUUUUUAAAUAAAAAACGAGUCGUAUGAAACGACCGAUUUUGCUAGCACACUGAGAGGAGCAACACUCUAUCAAUUGAAAAUGGGAAGAUUUAGCUGGUUAGGGAUGUGUCGACGGCUGCUACAGUCAUCUAUGGUUGUAACAUCGCCCAUUAAUCAAAAUCUUUGGCUUGACAAAGCUUCUACAUUGCAUCAAUCGUUAUUUCAAGGAAGAGCUUUGCAUAGUUGUACCUUUUUUAUUCAGAAACAUGCUGAUUUUGCAACCACGGGAAUGUUAUUGGCGAAGCGCUGUAUUCAUGCCACAGGAUAUUGCUACUCCAGUCAGCGAGACUACUACGAAGUUCUUGGUGUUCCUGAAAAUGCGAGCCAGGAUGAGAUAAAAAAGGCGUUUCAUGCCCUUGCCAAGAAGUAUCAUCCAGAUGCAAAUAAGAAUAAUCCUUCUGCAAAGAGGAAAUUUCAAGAGAUAAGAGAUGCCUAUGAGAUUCUGCGAGAUUCUGAGAAGAGGGCUCAGUAUGACAUGGGGCGAAGUAGAGGCUCGGAGAAUAUAGACUAUAAUACUGGUGGUGCAGAGGGGUUUCGAUAUGCUUAUCAAACUCAUUUCUCUGAUUCUUUCCAUAAAAUAUUCUCUGAGAUUUUUGAAGAGGAGACUGACCAAUUUGCACCUGAUAUUCAGGUGGAGCUUUUACUCUCUUUUUCUGAAGCUGCUAAAGGAUGUACAAAACAUGCGUCUUUUGAUGCAUUUGUGCCCUGUGAUUCUUGCCAUGGGCAUGGCUACCCAAUAGAUGCCAAAACAAGAGUCUGUCCCAGAUGCAGAGGCAUAGGAAGAGUUACAAUUCCUCCAUUUACGUCAACAUGCAGCACUUGUAAAGGAACGGGACAAAUAAUUAAGGAACACUGUAUCUCAUGUAGAGGAUCAGGGGUGGUUGAUGGCGUCAAAGAAGUCAAACUGACAAUUCCAGCAGGGGUGGACUCUGGAGAUACAAUACGUGUUCCAGGUGCGGGUAAUGCUGCUGGACGAGGAAGCCAACCUGGGAACUUAUUCAUUAAACUAAAGGUAGCCAAUGAUCCUGUCUUUACUAGAGAUGGUGCAGAUGUUUUUGUGGACUCUAAUAUCAGCUUUACACAAGCUAUUCUUGGCGGAAAGGUUGAUGUGCCUACUUUGUCGGGGAACGUGCAAGUAAAACAGAUACCAAAGGGGGUUCAGCAUGGGCAACUGUUAGUCUUAAGAGGGAAAGGACUACCAAAACCAAAACCUGGUUUUCUUAUAGACCAUGGAGAUCAAUAUGUGCGCUUUCGUGUUAACUUCCCUAAAGCCUUAAAUGAACGCCAACGUGCUAUAUUGGAGGAAUUUGCAGAAGAGGAAAUUAAUAAUGAGAACAGCACCUCCGGUGUAGGAAAUUGGCUUUAUCAGCAGCUAUCUACUGGUUGAACUUUCAGGUGGCAGCAAAUUGUUGAACGAGUAUCAGGUCCCAAGUUUAUGCUUGAGUUCUCUCUAUUCUUAUUAAUCCUCUUGUUCCUGAAUAAAACAAUGGGCUGAACACAACUCAACGUAACUUUGAUGGAGAGAUAUGUUACAACCAUAAUGAGAUCUUGGGAGUGCCACCUUCACCAUUUUGAAGGAUUUCAGCAAAUCUAAAGUCAACAGUUUAAUUACACAAUCAGUCAAGUACCUUUUUCAACCCCAUUCAUUGGCAGCAAGUCGUUGCCUGUUUUGCUCUCUUUUUGGUUCCGCUAUAGUUUCAAUAUGUUGAUAGGUCAUUGUUGCUGUAAAGAAUAAUAAAUUUCCAGUUAUAGUGGUAAAUUUAAUUGAAUUUGUAUCUGUUUCCAUUUUUAUUUCAUAUGCUAAUGCAAUACA